AUGAAUCAGAAACAUUCACAUCAGUCAAAACGAAGACAAUCUUCAAGUUCUAUCAAGCUUGUCUCCAAACUUCCCAAACUGAGUUCACUUCCUCGUCGAGCUUAUUCACUUGCUCAGGCGAGAGAUAUGCUUGGACAUCUGAACCAUACUCGUUCUACAAGCUUGGCUAAAUGGCGUCCGUCUUUUCCAUCUUGUCACAUGAGGCCUAGCUCGUCGAUCUCAAUGACAGGCAAUCAAAAUCUGGGGAUCAUCCCUCCAGAUCUUUCAGCUCAAGUCCCACCCUCUCCGUGGACCACCCACAUUGAAAGAUUAGGGAGAGAAAGUCACGAAGCUCUUCGUGACACCCAUACUCCCUGUGAAGUUGCCCGAACAAGUUCCACCUCCGAGGAAGAUCUGAUCAUGUCCGAGAUCAUGCCACCGGCAAAACGAUUGAUAUCUUUGCCGACUACACGAUCUCUGAGCACUACGCUGGUAGGAGGCUGCAAUCGGCCCCUGUCAUCUCGCACAUCAUCUGCUUCGCAGUGCAAAAUUACGACCAUCACCAGUCGCCGUACACCGUCGUGGAAAGUGCGCAGAUGGAGGACUGAACCUCGCGGCGGUAGAUCAACUGGAAUGCACGAGUCGCUUUGCGUCAGAAGGUUGAGUGUUUUUCAUCAAGAGAGCCAUGACAAGGGGUUCGAGGUGAAGAUUAUGGAAGAGUGCAAGGAACCUCAUGAUAUUCAACAACGUGAAUCUCUGGAGGUAUCCUCUUCAGGAAUUGGAGAUGAUGGAGAGCGGUUGAGUGAACACGAAGCCGAAAGCCGUGCCAGUUCGGAACCCUCCGAAUCAAGUCUCUCAAGUCUCUCAAGCUCAGAAACUGGCGAGUCUCAAUCUGAGCGCAGCCUGCCAGUCAUCGAACUCAAAGAGGCGGAAGCUAAAGAUCCACAGGCGGGAAGCCGCAUCGCUAAGCGCAAUAUAGGCCCAAGGAAGUCUUGUGUCGACGAACCUCCGGCGUCUCGACUCCGUCGUUCUCUUUCCACCGACUCGAUACCUUGCUCAACUUCAAGGAAGCGGGAUCUCUCAGAAGACGAGUCAGAAGCAGAUACGAAAGGUCCAGAUCGACAGACCCAGAGCUUGGUUAACCUUCAGGGACAAGAAUCUAGCUUCCUCAGCAAAACUAGGUCAUUCACACCAAAACCUAUGUCGACAAGUCGACAUUUACCCAAGUCAUUUCCUGCUGCUUUCAAAUCACCGAUGAUCAAUUCGACCAAACCAAAAGACAAAACGGUUAAAAGAACUACUGCAGGAGGCAGCUCCGUCGUCGCUAGUCAUGAUGUCGAUCAGUCCAGUCAAGAUCCUUCAAAACUGAAAGGAAUCCUCUUGACCAAAAAGGUCGUCGAGUUGGAACAAACUUUGACUCUCAUGAAGGAUGCGGAAAGAAUACUGGAGACUGGUGAUAUUCAGUCUUUGAUAGAUGCACAAAACAAGAGCGCCGCCGAAUAUCUUUUCAAAGUUAGCGGAGCAGCUCAACCAAGUAAGCAGACUGAUAGAAGUGGGGGGUACGAAGUUCCAACUACUACGCAUUGGGGCGAUUCGUGGGGAUUUAUGGCACCCGUUUCUGACACUGCCGCACAAAUCGAUGAGCAGAGAAAACUAGAGAUGUUUCAGCGUGGCUAUGUCUCAGAUCAUGCUGACGAUGAUUUGCCGGAUGAGGAUAGCUUAUUCUCAGAAAACUCUGUCAGGAAAUAUGAUUGUUCUGGAGCAGUGAUUGAAGAUAAAAAUAAAAGUGUCAAGAAUACUUCGAAGUCGAUAAUCGGAGAGUCGUGCGGUGCCUCAACAAGUGACUGCGCGCCUCGUGCUUCUACCUUAGGCAACAUGAUGCAAGACAUGGGAAUUGAACCUUCGGCACUUGGAUGGGAUAGCGAGGAAGAGGAUUGGAAAGACUGA